CUCUUUCUUGCCUUCCUUCUCACGGCUAUGAAAGCGGACUGCUCGACGGUAUGAAGCGUAGCCACGAGGCAAUCCCCUUCAUCCCUCUUAGUGAGGGCUCGGAUGGAGAAGAUCCAGUCAAGGCCCAAGCCACCAGCUACCAAAAGAAUCAAGGACGCUAUCGCCGCUGGCAUUUGGUGGCCUGGAUCCAGAGCAUCUUGAUCGUUCUCCUUCUUCUUAUCUGCUUCUACUUAUCCUGGCGAGCGCCAAGUGACUUGACUUGUAGCCGGGUCGUCUCCCCAUACUCUCCCCUAUUCGAUGUCCCCGAUUUGAUCAAAUACGAAGAGUACGACCUCCCGCUCUUCUUCAACGAACCCUCCCCGUUCCGAGGUCCUCCCAACCCGGAAAGGGAGAAACUCUGGGAGGAUGCAUGGCACAUGCCGAUGAUCGGAGUUCCAGCGGACAAGCUUCCAGCCAUGAACAAGUCGCGUUCAGGGUUAGACUACAAGCACGUCCCCACCGAGGCCGGCGACGGAUACAUCGCGCAGGUAGAAGUGUUUCAUCAGCUUCACUGUGUGCACAUGCUUCGGCAAUGGGCAUAUAAGGAAUACUGGACCGAUCAAGACCUCCCCCUUCCGGGGGGCAUGUCUCCGGACUCGCAACUCGCCCGAAUGCAUCUGGAUCACUGUAUCGAAGUGCUCCGAGUCAACAUCAUGUGUACCUCGGACGUGACACCGAUCUUAAUCGAACUGGACCCAAAGGCCCCUUUUGGCGAGAGAGCGGACUUUCGAUCCAACCAUAAAUGCCGGAAUUUCUGGGACAUUCAUAAAUACGUCACCGAGAACGCGGUUACGGCUUGAAGAUGCUCUCUACCUAGAAAGUAGACUUGAUGUAACACGAGAAUAUGCAGACAAAUCAGAAAUUAUAGCUC